AUGGAGCGUUUAGAAGAACAAUUUUCAGAUCUUCAGGUAGAAAAACGGUCGGCUAUGAAAGACAACAUGACUUACAUACUUGACAUUGGCAUGUCAAGUGCAGUGGAGGCACCAAACAAUCAGACAGUUGCAAUCUUGUGUUCUGACAAAUCAAUUAAAUUAUAUAACAAGGAAACCAUGACCUGCCUUCAAGAAUAUAAUGCACACCCUUGUUUGCUGAGUGGUGUUCGUUUUUCCCACUCAAACAGCAACCUGCUGUUUUCUGCAUGCAGUGAUGCCACUGUAAAACUUUGGGAUGUUAGAGUUUCUGGUGCAGAAGCUGUGCAGAUAUUUAAUGGCUACCCGUGCAAUGUUUUCAUCAGCUUUGAUAUUAGCUGCAAUGACCUUGUUUUGUGUGCCGGCACUGAAAAAGUAGACGACGACUCUUUUCUGGUCUUCUGGGAUGCAAGAUAUAAUUCUGAAAGCGAUUCUAGUCAACCUCUUGGAGUCUAUUCAGAGUCACAUAAUGAUGAUAUCACUCAAGUGCGCUUUCAUCCAACCAAUCCAGGCCUGAUGGCAACGGGUUCCACUGAUGGCCUUGUUAACGUGUUUGAUAUUGCAGAGGAUAAUGAAGAUGAUGCCUUGCGUUCCACUUGCAAUUCUGAUUCUUCAGUAAGUGGUCUUGGUUGGGCAGGCAAAGAUUACAACCAGAUUUAUUGCUUGACACAUGAUGAAGGAUUCUGUUGGUGGGAUCUUGCCCAAGUGGACACCGAUGAACCCAUCACACUUUGUAAAGUUGAGGAUAUGAGGGAAAAAGUCACCAGCUGUUCCAUUGACUAUCUGAUUGGUGGGCUCUAUCAUGACAAAACGGAUUCAAUGUUUCUUGUAGCUGGGUCUCACACUGGUAAUAUCAAUCUGUUAAGCUGCGACUCUGAUCAGCUGACGUGUUUAAAAAGCUUACAGGGAGGACAUACUGCCACUGUACGGUCAUUUUACUGGUGUGUGGACGACAAUUCUCUGCUAACUGGUGGCGAGGAUGCACAGUUGCUGUUGUGGAAACUGAAAGCCAAGGACUUGUCCCCAGGAAAGAGAACCUCCAUGAAAAUAACUUCCUCUGUACAGCAGAGGGUUCGCGUGCACAACUCCAAAUCGUAUUCCACAAAGCAAAAGAAGACCAACCAUGUAUAA